AUGCUGCCUUCAAGCAGCCGCCGGGUCGUUGGCCGUAUUUUAACACGUGCAACCGCCGCUGUGCAGCAGCAGCAGCGGGAGCAACAAAUACGGAUAUUAUCUGACGAUAAUCCAGGGGCUCGAGAAAGUGCUGCCAUAACUAUAAUCUGUCUGAUCGUGAUCCGGAACUCUUCUUGGUGGUGCAGUACAGCAUUGCGAAUGGAAUUACUCAGCGCAAGAAGUCAUAAAACGUGCGUACCUGAUUCGAUAUUCAGAACUCAGACCAAACCCGAAUGCUUCGGCGGCAACCCGACUCAAAACACCAGAGACAGCACUGAACCUGAACCCGACGCUUUCCAAAAACAAACCAGAUCACGAGACAUUGGCAGUGAUCCGAAUCUGGAUCGAAUAUCCGGAAGUACUAUCGAGCGUAGUGUAGCAGCGUUCAGGGCAAAUCCUGGUGGUAAAAAAGAAGCUCACUUUUGGACGACCAUCCUUGGUAUAAUGUGCCACGUGAGCUGCUCCCCUCCACAACUUGGAACCUCGGCACGGACCAGUUCCCGGGAUCAGGAAUUCUGGGUUCGGGACCAAUGUUUGAGGGUACUACAGUUCGACAAGGUCCAGGCGAUAUCGAUGAUGGCUUCUCUCUCGCGGACUUCAGCAUCACGGGAUUGGGUGAAGCGUUGGACGUGGAUCCGGCAGUAUGAUGUGGAGAAGACGGAGAACGGGGGGGGGAUAGCGGUGUCGAUAAGUAUCGAUCGGUUCGCGGGGUUCAACAUGUCCGUGCCGUGGAUUGCCGUCGACUUGAAAACCGACGAUAGCGGCUUCCAUCACCCGAACCCAUUCGGCCUCGGCGUCGGACUUGCGCUUCCAAGACGGGGAUGGAUCGAUAUCACCGGUCGUGGCAUUCCACGUCCCUGUCAUCCGUCCAAAAUUUUGCGAUCAAAUCCUGCUGCACCUCACCUGCCCUCUUACUGUUGUGCAACAGUCUCGCACAAGAAGCGAGUGAGAUGGUCCGCCAAAAACCCCCUAUUAGCUGAAUGGAACCAGGCAUGGUUGGUGGGAAAUGCACCUCAAUCUCGAAGCGGAAACAAGGUCGAAACCGGUGAAGGUGAGGAGAGGAAACUGUGGUUUCUCAAAAAAGGGUUUCAGCUCACGCUCGCUAGAGAUGACUACUGUUGCUUGUCCACAAUGUCUUGCCCUCAAGAGUCGCCAAACUUGAACGAACGGAGCCAAAAACAACCUAAGCAAGCGGCGCAGCGGGGCAGAUCCUCCGACAUGGGUUGA